UGGCACAGAGUAAGCCCUCUAAAAAUGAUAACUAUUUUUUUCUUGCUUUGGAUAGGGAAGUUAAAAUGAAGGGCUCUGUGGAAGUGAAGUGUAAAGAGAGAUCUAUUCCAGGUCGGAGGCUAGGGAGUCCCAAGACCGCCUGAAGAAAUCACAAGAGAUCUGAAGAACUUUUAGCUUGAGGGAGAGGGAGGGGAGAAAAAAAUAGCAACUCGUUAGCAAUUCAGUUUCAUCACUUUACAGCCUAUGAAGUCUUUGGCUUCCCUCAUCUGGUUCGAUCUUCAAACCUAAACAGACCGGCAUCUAGAGUUAAUAUUUCCAUUUUACACAAGAGGGAAGUGAGACCCAGUGGGAAAAAUGACUUGUUCAGAGUCAUAAAGCAAAGUCCGGAAGCAAGUCUUUCUGGUCCAUUAUGUGUGGGAAAAGUAAACAAACACCGCGGGGCGUUACCGAAAUAUUAGGUUAUAAACGUGGAACAAAGUCUAAGAGUUAACGAGAGCGAGGCACGACUUAUAGGGGUGGGCCAGGGAAGCCGCAAUGACACAGCCGACUAGGUCCUCGGUCACCUGUGACCAGGGAUCCUCCACGAUCUGCGGGACCGCCGCCCAGGCGACCACCAGUUCCAGCGCCACCUCGGGUUCGAACUACCAGCGCGAUAGACUCGGCCGCCGCCCAGAAAUCGGCGUAGGGGGUCAGCCGCAGAUCUGCUUUCCGCGGCCGAGGUCCGCGCAGCAGCCGGUGCUGUUCAGCUUAAUGAAUUCCAGUGAAGCAGCGAUGAAAAAAACUUUACCCAAGAGCCAUUUAUCUCGGGUGAUUAUUCAUGAUAACCGCAUCGCACAACGAAUCUAUGAGAUGGAGGUGAGCGCUUUAGAGAAGACCAAGAAAAAGAUCAGCCACUACUAUGAACACCUGAAAAAAAAGUUCAUGACAGAGCAGCUCAGAAAGCUGGGGCGAUGGAGAGAGGAAUACGUGAACAGCAACCGGUACUUAACCUUCGGGAUACCACCACCAGUUUAAACUCCAGUCUCCCAAGAAAGGCCAACCACCCUAGUUCUGGCAAAGGGAUCUGCCCCAGGGUCACGAUGACACCAGUGUGACCCGAGGAGAACUAGUAACUACAACCUACACAACUGUAGAACAAUAAACAGAAACCAGCAGACAGCGGAGCAUAACAAA